GCACGCGUGCCCGCGGCUUCCGGCGCGGCCGCCCCGCGAUGGGGAAAGUGAGGGCGCUGCGGAGUCGCGUGCACCGCGCGGCCGUGAGGCCGGCGGGGGAGGCGGCGGGCGGGCCUGCGCGCCCGGAGGACCUCACCGCCUGCGCGCGCGCGCCGCCCGCGCCUCCCCUCAGCCAGGCCUCGGGGGGCGCCGGCGUCUUCUCGGGCACGCGGAUCGAGCCCGGCGUCCUGGUGCAGACGCUGGAGCCGGACACGCGCAGCGUGGCCUCCGCCGGGCCAGGUGUGGAGCACAAGGCCAUUUUGCCCAAGAAGGAGAAGCUGCGGUUGAGACGGGAGCGGUGGCUGCAGAAGAUUGAGGCCAUCAAGCAGACGGCGCGGGAGCAGCAGGCAGCACGCAGGCGCCGGGCUGCAGUGGUGGUGGGGGACCUGCAGCCCCUGCGGGACGCGCUCCCCGACCUGCUGCAGCUGGAAGCGGUGGCCAGGGCCCCCCGCAGCCGCAGCCGACCGAGCAGCAGGCCACAGGCCACUGAGCUGAGCCGCAUGAGUACCACACAGAGGCAGCAGCUGCUCGAGGAGGAAAGGACGCGCUUCCGUGAGCUGCUGGCAAGUCCCACCUACAGGGCCUGCCCCCUGCUGGCCAUCCGGGAGCAGCUACACAGCCAGGCACUGUGACACCCUGUGAUGCCACUACAAACCCGCCACCGCCGUGACGCCAUGGGGGCCAGGGGCCCAGAGAGUCUGUGCCUGCUGGCUGGCAUCUCCCUGACUCCUGAGGACUGGCUGGCGUGUGCGGAGCCAAGUGUGUGAACUGUAGCCGAGGGCUCCGAGACCGGGAACACCUGUGGGACAGGGUACCCAGGGCCCCCCUCU